GAGGUUUUCGAGGCAUGCGAUUCGAACGCUGUACGAUAAAAUAUUCAUUCAUUCAGGUCGACAAUUUGUAUUCUGUUUAAUAAUAAUUGGUUCCUAAGCGAACACUCUGCUACUCGUAGUGCACCCAUUCGAACAAAACCCCGAUCUGAGUAUACUUCAUAUUUGAUCGUUCGCUUGAUAUUGCGUGUAGCGUUGCCACGUUGAUUAAUCGGUUGGAGAAACUGAUUAAAAGUGUUCCCGAUACAUUUGCAUCCCAGUAUAUCAGUAUGGGCUUUCACCCCUUUUUUUAUUCUAAGUUUUCGCAAACCGAAGAUUUCAUUCUUGCCAAUUUUGGAAAUAAAACCCAUCGAUAUGGCGGGUAUCAGGUUGAUCAGUAAUCUAAGGGUCGCCUUUAGGACAUUCUUAGUGAAUCAUCCGAUCGUAGGAAAUGCGAUCGUGUACGGAACAUUAUGCGUGGGAGCCGAAACAUCCCAACAAUCUCUCAACAAGAAGAUACUGAACGAUACAUCGGAACCGCUCGAUAGACAUACCAUCGGUAGGUAUGCAAUAUAUGGGACCACGAUUGCUGGACCGUUGUUAGCUACAUGGUACCGUUUCCUGGACAAACAGUUACCUGGAAAAACCACUAAAAUUGUAUUGAAGAAAAUGGUAUUCGACCAAUUUACAUUCACGCCAUUACUUCUAGUUGUCUUCUACGUUUCAAUGAGUAUCAUGGAACGGAAACAAGACGUGUUUGAAGAGUGUAGAAUGAAAUUCCUACAAACUUUCGGGGCGAAUUGCUUGUUUUGGAUACCUGCGCAGGCUGUAAAUUUCUCAUUAGUGCCACCAGUAUACAGGGUAACCUAUAUAGGUACAUGUUCCUUUGCGUGGAUCAACGUAUUAUGUUGGUUUAAAAGGCAGUAAAGGAAAAACGAUAACUAAGUAAUCAGAAAAUAAAUGUAUAUUUUAUUA